AAAUUUCAGUUAUCAAAUCAUCGCUUACUUCACCUCACAUAUUUGCCAAAAGUCAUCUUCCAUUAUCAAAUAUAUUUGAGAUUAGCGGCAUACAAUCUAUCCGAAAAUUCGGCAAAAUGUUAUGUUUCUUCAUGUUUGCAGCAAUUAUCAUUGGUGUUACAACUGUGGAAGAUUAUCAAUGUGAAGGAGGUCAACUGACACCGAAGCAACGUGAAGCAAUCGUUGAACAAAAUAAUAAAUUGCGUUCGCAACUGAUCCGUGGCGAGCUUAAGAACAAAGCUGGUGAAUUUAUGCCACGUGGCAAGAAUGUGUUGAAAAUGAGAUGGAGUUGUUCGUUGGAACAUUCCGCGCAAAAACGGGCAGAUAGAUGUGUCUCUGGAGACCCACCAAAAGAACAAAGAAAGGAUAUCGGUGAAAAUAUCUAUGAUUUCUGGUCUUCAGCAGGUGUUGAAGGU